CGUUUGACUUCCUCUAGGCUCUAGCAGAAGAAAUUAACUAACAUUCAAAAUUUCAAAUCAAUUCAUCAAUUGCUGCGAGUGCGAGAUCGUGACGGAUUUUUGCAAUCAAGGUCCAAAAAACUAAAGAUGAGUGCAAGUACAGUUUACUUGAGAAAUCUGUUAGAGUCUAAAAACAUCUUGGAUAGAGCAUUACUUAUGAAUCAAUCCUUUCCAUGUUCUCCAUUUCACUCUGAGCUCCAGAAGCAGAAAGCAGAGAAGCUUUUGAAAGAUAAUGAAUUUCAUAAUGGAUUUGCACAUCUUGUUGAUUCUCACUGUGUAUCUCUUCGACAUGCUGCUGUUAAUGCUCAUAGAGAUAAAUUGGCAAAGAAAAAGAUUUCUAAGAGCAACACAGUAGCCCUAGAAGGGAAUGAAGACUCAAAAGCCAUUCACCAGCUUGAUCAAUCCUUCCAAUUUACAAAAGCUAAUUUCCCCAAAUUUCUUUACAGUCUUCCUCCUGAAUGGACUAUUAUUCACAUAUCAGAAAUUUGGCAAGGUUAUGAAAGUUUAAAGAUGCAAGGAUUUGGUCCACCUCCUAUUGCCUACAGUUUGCCCAAACUGAUAAUUGCACGCUUUCAUGGAGAUCAUACUGGAUCCCUGUUGACAAAGUUUAUAGAUCAACCAGCAGGUGGUUUAUCUGGGGAAAGUUUACUUGCUGAAUUGCACUCAAUAUUGGAGGGAAACCGCACUGUAAAUAAAGACUUUCGUGGAAAUCGUGAUAUGUAUUGGAAAUUGAAACAAGAACAUCACGAUCAAUUGAAGGUUUUGGUUAAUUCUCUUGAGAAUUGGUGGCUAGGAUUUUGGAAGUGUUUGUUAAUAGGAGAACUCAGUGACCCGACCGAUAAAAAGUUGCUCAACCACACAACAUCAUCUGUAGUAGAUUUAUUGAAAAAAAUGAAAAGAAUCCUCACUUCAGAUGAAGAAGCCUGGAUUAGGUUGUUGAUAUCAUGUUUUUGUUACCUGAAUCACCAGCAACUUGUUCGUGGUUUAUUAAAAAUACUUAAUACCACAGUAAGAAGUCCAAUAAUGCAAGAGGUUCUCAGUUUAUUUAAAAACGUGCAGCCAGAUCUCGAAAAAUUUAAAACUGCAAAGCGCAAUCCAGUCAUCCUCGUUCUAGAUAAGGUGAUCCAGCAACUACCUUGGGAAAGCAUCGCCAUGUUAAGCACGACACCAGUUUCACGGAUACCAUCCCUCCAUUUUCUUAAUUCGCUUACAUGGAAACACUCUUUCGACCGACCGAAUCCCUCCCCUACGACAGAGUUGAAAUUACGAUCCAACGGUAUUGAAGUCAACCCUAAACUGGCCUAUUACAUAAUCAACCCUGGACAAGAUCUUCCCGGAGUUCAGCUACGACUUCAGCCUAUUUUAGAGAAAAUAUGGGGAAAACAAUGUGGUUUAAGCGGAGCUGUUCCCGUUGAACAAGAGAUCAAGCAAUCUUUAAUGGAACGAGAUAUAUUCUUAUAUUGUGGUCAUGGGUCAGGCUCAAAAUAUUUUCCAAUGGAUAAUUUAGUCAAACUGGAUUGUCGGGCGGCACCUAUUCUAAUGGGUUGUUCUAGCGGUCAACUUGCUGUGAGUGGAAGAAUAGCCGAUCCUACUGGAGCCCCCAUUUACUAUCUUUUGGCUGGAAGCCCUGGAAUGGUCGGCAUGUUAUGGGAAGUAACGGAUGUCGAUUGCGAUCGUUUUACCAUUCGAUUACUUGAUCUACUUUUGGGUGCCCGAAAACGAAAGGUGCUUGAAAAGCUAAAUCAGACGCCACCUAAUGAAAGAAGCGUCAACACGGAUCUACCUUCUCCUCCGAAACAGUUGGAACCCGAAAUGCUUCGUGCUGUGGCCCAGUCCCGCCCAGUCACUAAAAACUUUUUAACUGGAGCGGCUGCAGUAGUAUAUGGUCUACCAAUUCGAACUCUCAAUUUCGAUGAUUCUUAGAAUCACAUCCUGAACGGUAACAGUUUGCCCCCUCUUCUUCGAUGAAUUUUUCUUUUAUUCUUUCCAAUAAUAUCUACGAAUCAAAACCCCAACUAAGGAUUACCUAUUGAAUGUUCUGUAUAUUUUUGUUUUAUAAUAAAAUUUGAAUAGUUCAAG